CUAGUUUCUUUAUCCCAUAGCAAAUAAACAAAGAUGGCGGACCAGAACUUGACCCUUUAUUUUACCGGAUAAAACCUCCUGUCCUUCCGGAUGACUCAAUAAUGACGUUCAUUAUUCAAUCCUAAAGGUUCAAGCUUUGAUCUACAAAGAAGAAAUGUCGGAUGGAGCAGGGAAUUAUUCGUUUUAUAACCACAAUCUGCGAACGACUCACAGACCUACAAUACAACCAAAUCGACUUGGAAUUCGAAGGCAAUCUUCAGAAAACGCUUUAAAUAAUGAGAUUAAAGGCCUGUCAAUAAUAUCUCCAUCUGUUUCGAAGACAGAGCAGUUUGUUGGUGAGCCUUUUGUCACUGGUUUUGUUCCUCAUCCACCGUCUUCUCCUUUGAAAGAAGGUCAAUCAAGACGUUCAACACCGAUUCGUUUUCGAGGGCAAAAACGCUUAAGAAGCGAAUCGCCAAGAACUUCUGGCUCAGAAGACGAGAGAAUCUCCCGUAAACACAUGUUUAACUCAAGAGUAUCGCCUCUAUCGACACCACCUCGUCGUUCCAGUGAUGGAUCAAUUGAUACUUCGAGAUCAGAUCUACAAAGGGGAAGAAAUAUAAAAUUAGAACCUUUAAUUCAAUCAAAUAAAGAUUUGGUAAACAGCUUUAAGAAUUAUCAACAAAACGUUAAGAGUGAAACAAAGAGAAGUGAUAUAUCUAGAUCAAAUCCAAGCAUUUUGAAACCUCUUAAAGUUGUUCAUGAUUUUAAGGAAAAUAAAGAAGGGAACUCAGAAAUGCAGCUAGAAACAAGAACGGAAUUUAAAGAUAAUGAUAAUAAUGCUGUUAUACUGGAAAAUAAUAAGAAAGAUGAUGAUGGUGAUGAUGAAUUGUCAUCAUCGGGUGAUAGUUUCACAAAUGUAAGUGGUGAUGACGAUGAUGACUCUACAUUGUCUUCGUCCUCGGCAAGUGACCAAGAAGUUAAAGAACGAAGUGAACGUAUAGCGAAAGAAUUAUUAACUAGACGUUAUCCUGAUGCUACACUACCAAGCAUACCAAAGAACUUUACAUUAAAUUCAACUGGAACAUAUGAAAAUAUGUCCUCUAUCAUGUCUGCAACUUAUGAGUCAGUCCCAGAAUUUCAGAAUCAUCUCAAAAGUUAUUUAAGAAGAGAUUUAGACAGCGCAACAGAUCAUAGAUAUGCUUCAGAUUCCAAUAUAUCAAGAAAAGAGGGAAGUAAUUUUUCUUAUGCCUCACAGUCUAGUUUUCUACCAAGAGUCGCAGCUCAGAAAGUUCGGCUGAGGAAUAUGAACUUUCUGCAGGAAGAAAUGUUGAAUUAUUUCCCUGAUCGUAAAGUUGGAGUUUUUGUAGCGACAUGGAAUAUGCACGAGGAAAAGGAAAUUCCUGGAUAUUUAGAUGACUUUCUUCUGCCAGAAAAUGUAGAUUUCUUACAAGAUAUUUAUGUCAUUGGUUUACAAGAAUGCACUCCACUCAGAAAAGAAUGGGAGAUCAGGCUACAAGAGACCCUUGGCCCCAGCCAUGUCCUUAUGUACUCCAGUAGCUUUGGUGUUCUACAUAUGGCUGUUUAUGUGAGAAGAGAAAUUGUAUGGUUUUGCUCAGCUGUCAAUCAAGACACUGUUGCAACCAGAGUAGGUCACAUGAUUAAAACCAAGGGAGGUCUUGCUUUUUCAUUCAACCUUUUUGGAACUUCAUUCUUAUUCAUCAAUUCACAUCUAACCUCUGGUGAGGGGAAGUCAAAGGACCGUGUGAAUGACUACAAUGUAAUCUGCAAAUCUCUGAAUCUACAAAGUGUCGAGAAACCUUGGACUGAUAACCGUCCUGAUGUAACUGAUAGAUUUGAUCGUGUUUUCUGGCUUGGUGAUUUUAACUUUCGAGUUGAUUUGCCACGAGAAAAGGUAGAUGAACUAUUGGUUCAGUACCAGGAGCAAAAUGAUAAUGAAUUCAAGGAACUUCUAGCUCAGGAUCAGAUGACAAAACUCAUGGAAAAAGAUGAAGUAUUCCAUGGAUUCACUGAACCAGAUAUCAGAUUCCCGCCCACUUACAAGUAUGACCUGAACAGCGACACCUAUGAUUCCUCGUCCAAGUUGAGAAUUCCUUCGUGGACUGAUCGAGUGUUAUACAAGUCAGCGGAAGGGAAUACUAUCACAAAUGUUUGCUAUAAAGCUUGUUCUUCAGUACGGAUGUCUGAUCACAGACCAGUCUAUGGAAUUUACCAAGUAACGCUAAAACCAUGCAAACAAAGUAUUCCUUUAACCGGUGGCCAGUUUGUCAGAGAUGUUUACAUAGAAGCUAACCGAAGACGUAAUACAGCCUCGAACAGAUCACAAAAGGAUAGUUCUGUUUGCACGAUCCUUUGAGAUUUCGAUAUGCCAAGAAAAUGGCGUGGAUUUUCUCGAUGAUGGACUUCGUGUCCACUCUGCUACCAUCGUAGUGCUAGUCGUAAAUCCAUUCAAAUGCUAGGUUUCCCAGGAUGCCAUUCAAGUGCUACCAAUCUAGUGCUAGGCAGCUGUGCUAGUCGUAAAUCCAUUCAAGUGCUAGGUUUCCCAGGAUGCCAUUCAAAUGCUACCAAUCUAGUGCUAGACAGCUGUGCUAUGCGUAAAUCCAUUCAAGGGCUAGGUUUCCCAGGAUGCUAUUCAAUCACUACCAAUAUAGUGCUAGGCAACUGUGCUAUGCGUAAAUCCAUUCAAGGGCUAGGUUUCCCAGGAUGCCAUUCAAGUGCUACCAAUCUAGUGCUAGUCAACAGUGCUAUGCGUAAAUCCAUUCAAGUGCUAGGUUUUCCAGGAUGCCUUUCGAGUGCUACCAAUCUAGUGCUAGGCAGCUGUGCUAUGCGUAAAUCCAUUCAAGUGCUAGAUUUCCUAGGAUGCCAUUCAAGUGCAUUCUGGCGAUACUAAUUUUUGAUGGCCAGUAUAUCUAAAAUUUUAAUGAUAACAGAUAGAAAAUUAUUCUCUAAUUUUUGUUUCAUUUUGUUUCAUUUAAUUUUUUUUUUUUUCUUUCCCUAUUUGUAUAUACUUUUUAAAUUAUGAAUGGAUGAAUAAUCGAAUUGUUUUCCCAUCAAUGUACAGUCUAUUUAAGCUAUUGGGAUUAUUUAAUAGAUUAAAACUACAAAGCCAAUAAAGACAAUAAACGUAACUAACCUCCUAA